GGAUGAAAAAAAGAGAAUGAAAAAGAAGAGCAGUAAUAAGCACAGAAAUUGAAAAUACAUGGACGUAUUCCACACAGUAAAAUUAUUAUAAUAGUGAAGAAAAAUAAACGGAUUUUUUUCUUUGAUUCAUCGUCACCGUUUGGCAUGUAUUAUUACCAAUCCUGGACAAUUCUAAUUGUGAUAAUUGAAAUAUUAUGCAGUUACAAUUCAAUAAACUGUUUAGUAAUCACAACAGAGAUAGACAAAAAUCUAAAAAAAUUCAUUGAUACGUUUUGUUAGCCCAAAGUGUAUAAAAAUGAAAUGGAAAUGAGAUUCAACAAAAUCAAAUCGAUUUCGUGAACGCAAAAAAAACUGUAAAUGAUAAACGUGAAUAGAAUGCCCAUAAUAUGUGUAAAAUGAAUGAAAAACCCAUGAAAAUCGAUUGAUAUAUUUUCAAGAAGUGGACAACUUCAAAACAAGGCAUUCUAUUUGGUUUGUGUACUAAAAAUGGCCAAAGCUAUUUGUUUUGUGUGCUAGUUUCCAAUAGAUAACAUUUAAAAAUUGAUUUGCAAGGGGACAAACAAACAUAUUAUUCCAGUGUAAACGCAUUUGAACAACAUCGAUUUAAUUAGAUUUUAAAGAUUGAUACAGUGUGGAGCUGGGCAUCAGCCCCGCUGCGUUUAGCAGCCACAACAAACAGAAUGGGAGACACACUUAUUGAACGACCACCUUCGCCCGCACGUUUAUCGCACACAUCGGAAAAGCAUCCAAAAGUCACACUUACCGAAUUGAACGUAUUGCGACGGCAUCGGGAACUGUGCGAUGUUGUACUCAAUGUUGGUGGACGAAAGAUUUUCGCACAUCGCGUUAUAUUAUCGGCAUGUAGUCCAUAUUUUCGGGCAAUGUUUACCGGUGAAUUAGAGGAGUCGCGACAAACCGAGGUGACCAUUCGUGACAUUGACGAAAAUGCAAUGGAAUUGUUGAUUGACUUUUGUUAUACGUCGCACAUCAUCGUUGAAGAAUCAAAUGUACAGACCUUAUUGCCAGCCGCAUGUUUAUUGCAACUAGCCGAAAUUCAAGAUAUUUGUUGCGAAUUUCUAAAACGUCAACUGGACCCGACAAAUUGUUUGGGCAUUCGCGCAUUUGCCGAUACACAUUCAUGUCGUGAACUGUUACGAAUUGCCGAUAAAUUUACACAACAUAAUUUCCAGGAAGUGGUUACCGAAAGUGAGGAAUUUCUUUUGCUGCCCGUUGGCCAACUAGUCGAUAUCAUUUGUAGUGAUGAAUUAAAUGUACGUUCAGAGGAGCAAGUGUUCAAUGCGGUGAUGGCAUGGUUAAAAUAUAAUGUGGCAGAUCGACGACAGCAUCUAUCUCAAGUGCUGCAACAUGUGCGACUUCCAUUGCUCAGUCCGAAAUUCCUCGUUGGAACGGUUGGUUCCGAUUUGUUGGUCCGGUCGGAUGAAGCAUGCCGAGAUUUAGUUGACGAAGCCAAAAAUUAUCUUCUAUUACCGCAAGAGAGACCGUUGAUGCAAGGACCGAGAACCAGGCCAAGGAAACCCACGCGACGUGGUGAAGUAUUGUUCGCAGUCGGUGGUUGGUGUUCAGGUGAUGCAAUUUCUUCAGUUGAACGAUUUGAUCCGCAAACAAAUGAUUGGAAAAUGGUUUCACCGAUGAGCAAACGACGAUGCGGCGUUGGUGUAGCUGUUUUAAACGAUUUACUAUACGCAGUUGGCGGUCAUGAUGGCCAAAGCUAUCUGAAUAGUAUUGAACGAUACGAUCCGCAAACAAAUCAGUGGUCAUGCGAUGUUGCUCCAACUACUUCAUGCCGAACGAGUGUGGGUGUGGCCGUCUUAGAUGGUUUUCUUUAUGCUGUUGGAGGCCAGGAUGGUGUUCAAUGCUUAAAUCACGUUGAAAGAUAUGAUCCAAAAGAAAAUAAAUGGGCAAAGGUGGCACCGAUGACAACUCGACGAUUAGGCGUAGCGGUUGCUGUUUUAGGUGGUUAUUUGUACGCAAUUGGUGGCUCGGAUGGUCAAUGUCCGUUAAAUACAGUCGAAAGAUACGACUCGAGGCAAAACAAAUGGUGUGCUGUUAGUCCAAUGUCUACUCGUCGGAAACAUUUGGGUUGUGCAGUAUUCAAUAAUUACAUUUAUGCUGUCGGUGGCAGAGACGAUUGCAUGGAAUUGUCAUCGGCUGAGCGAUACAAUCCACACACAAACACUUGGAGCCCGAUUGUUGCGAUGACAUCCCGAAGAAGUGGGGUGGGUUUGGCAGUGGUGAAUGGACAAUUAUAUGCAGUUGGUGGUUUUGAUGGGACAGCCUAUCUCAAAACUAUUGAAGUUUAUGAUCCAGAAACAAAUCAAUGGCGUUUAUGUGGAUGUAUGAAUUAUCGCCGUUUGGGCGGUGGCGUGGGUGUAAUGCGUGCGCCUCAGACUGAAAACUAUAUGUGGAUACGCAAGGACUCUGUUGUUUAAGGAGAAACCAUUGGUGAGAUCGAAACGAACGUGCUACGAAUCUAUAGUUUUUUUAUUUCUCAAAAAAACUAAUAUCGUAUCCCUAAAAAAACAUUCUAUUUCACUGCAGUCAUUUGCAUUGGAAUAUGCUUCUUCUUGUGCAUAUGUCUUAAGUGUGUUCUAAAUGUAUGGUUUGGAAUUCUUUCUUCUUUUUUUUUUGAAACUGACUGUUGGAACGCAUAUUUAUUCGAUCGAACCAAUUAGAGACAAUUAAUGUAUGCAUUAGGUUUAAUUGGAUAUUCUAUUAAUUUAUAUAAAUUCUAUUCACAAUAGAUAAA